GGGAUGGGGCCGUGCUGAGGACGAUGAGCGCCUCGCAACACUUACCUUUCGGAUAACUAACACCUCUAUUCGUCCGGACACCUUCUCAAAGCUUUGGCCGACGCAUGAGUUUGGUCUGAGCGGGACCAGAGUCUAGUGGAGUAACUCUUACGUCCACAAAACGGGCUAAAAGUCGACAAAAUGUACCCGAGCGCCGGAGGAGCUGAGAUGCUGGAGGGGCCUCGGUCCUCUGGGUCUUUGAGCUCUGAGCCCCCUUCCCCUCCUCUACCAGAGUAUGUGUUCAAACCCCCUCUGCGGCCGGACUUCGGCACCAUGGGCCGGACAAUCAAACUUCAGGCCAACUUCUUUGAGAUGGAGAUCCCCAAAGUGGAGGUGUACCAUUACGACAUCGACAUAAAGCCUGAGAAAUGCCCCCGGAGGGUGAACCGUGAAAUCGUGGAGCACAUGGUCCAGCACUUUAAGACCCAGAUUUUUGGAGAUCGGAAGCCGGUGUACGACGGGAGGAAGAACCUCUACACGGCUAUGCCCCUUCCCAUCGGCAGAGAGAAAGUGGAGCUGGAGGUCACCAUUCCUGGAGAAGGCAAAGACCGCAGCUUCAAAGUGUCCAUCAAGUGGAUGUCCUGUGUGAGCCUGCAGGCCCUGCACGAGGCUCUGUCCGGCAGACUGCCCAGUGUCCCCUUUGAGACCAUCCAGGCUCUGGACGUGGUCAUGAGGCACCUGCCCUCCAUGAGGUACACUCCAGUGGGGCGCUCCUUCUUCACCCCCUCAGAGGGCUGCUCUAACCCCCUGGGCGGGGGCAGGGAGGUGUGGUUUGGGUUCCAUCAGUCUGUCCGGCCUUCUCUCUGGAAGAUGAUGCUGAACAUUGAUGUUUCGGCCACUGCGUUCUACAAAGCUCAGCCUGUCAUCGAGUUCAUGUGUGAGGUCCUAGAUUUCAAAAGCAUCGAAGAGCAACAGAAGCCUCUGACCGACUCCCAGAGAGUCAAGUUUACAAAAGAAAUCAAAGGUUUAAAAGUGGAGAUCACUCACUGUGGGCAGAUGAAGAGGAAGUACAGAGUGUGUAAUGUGACCCGGCGUCCGGCCAGCCACCAAACGUUUCCUUUGCAGCAGGAGAAUGGGCAAACUAUAGAAUGCACCGUGGCUCAGUACUUUAAAGACAAGUACAAGCUGAUCCUGAGGUACCCCCACCUCCCCUGUCUGCAAGUGGGACAGGAGCAGAAACACACCUACUUACCUCUGGAGGUGUGUAACAUCGUGGCCGGACAGCGCUGCAUUAAAAAGUUGACUGACAAUCAAACUUCAACAAUGAUCCGAGCUACGGCGCGCUCUGCACCAGACCGACAGGACGAGAUCAGCAAACUGAUGAGAAGCGCUAACUUCAACACAGACCCGUACGUGCGUGAGUUUGGUGUGAUGGUGAGGGAUGAAAUGACAGAGGUGAACGGGCGCGUCCUUCAGGCUCCAUCCAUUCUCUACGGAGGACGGAACAAAGCAAUAGCCACUCCGAUCCAGGGAGUGUGGGACAUGAGGAACAAACAGUUCCACACAGGCAUCGAGAUCAAAGUGUGGGCCAUCGCCUGCUUCGCUCCACAGAGACAGUGCACCGAGCUGCUGCUCAAGGCUUUCACAGACCAACUUAGAAAAAUCUCUCGAGAUGCCGGCAUGCCUAUCCAGGGUCAGCCGUGCUUCUGUAAAUACGCCCAGGGAGCCGACAGUGUGGAGCCCAUGUUCAGACACCUCAAGUACACGUACCAGGGCCUGCAGCUCGUGGUGGUGAUCCUGCCCGGGAAGACUCCGGUCUACGCCGAGGUGAAGCGUGUGGGCGACACGGUGCUGGGGAUGGCCACACAGUGUGUCCAGGUGAAGAAUGUUCAGAAGACCACCCCUCAGACCCUCUCCAACCUCUGUCUGAAGAUCAAUGUCAAACUGGGAGGAGUCAACAACAUCCUGCUGCCUCAGGGCAGGCCUUUGGUCUUUCAGCAGCCCGUCAUCUUCCUGGGAGCAGACGUGACCCACCCUCCUGCAGGAGACGGCAAAAAGCCUUCCAUCGCAGCUGUGGUCGGGAGCAUGGAUGCUCACCCGAGCCGUUACUGCGCCACAGUGCGGGUACAGCAGCACCGCCAGGAGAUCAUCCAGGACCUGGCCGCUAUGGUCCGAGAGCUGCUCAUCCAGUUCUACAAGUCCACCCGCUUCAAGCCCACCAGGAUCAUCUUCUACCGCGACGGCAUCUCAGAGGGACAGUUCAACCAGCUGCUGGAUCAGGUUCUUCAGCAUGAGCUGCUGGCCAUCCGCGAGGCCUGCAUCAAACUGGAGAAGGACUAUCAGCCUGGGAUCACCUUCGUGGUCGUGCAGAAAAGACACCACACCAGACUGUUCUGCACCGACAGGAACGAGCGGGUCGGGAAAAGUGGCAACAUCCCCGCAGGCACGACCGUAGACACCAAAAUAACCCACCCAUCUGAGUUUGACUUCUACCUGUGCAGUCACGCCGGCAUACAGGGCACCAGUCGACCGUCUCACUAUCACGUGCUGUGGGACGACAACCACUUCUCGUCAGACGAGCUGCAGGUGCUCACCUACCAGCUGUGCCACACUUACGUCCGCUGCACACGCUCGGUCUCUAUCCCCGCCCCCGCCUACUACGCUCACCUGGUGGCUUUCAGAGCACGAUACCACCUGGUGGACAAAGAGCACGACAGUGCGGAGGGCAGCCACACGUCUGGACAGAGUAACGGCCGAGACCACCAGGCUCUGGCCAAAGCCGUGCAGAUCCACCAGGACACCCUCCGAACCAUGUACUUCGCCUGAAGGUCUCAUAUCACAGAAGUAUGAACAAGAGACCAACAGAAACUCAAACCUUUUACUUUCACUUGAACAUGCGUUAGCAUCACCGCUCUGAGGGAAAAAGUCCAACCUAACAAUCUUAGUGUCAAAAGUAGCUGGGCCUGUGUGGAGCUGAGUCUGUGGCUCAGCUGCUGUUUGUGUUCCAUUUGAAGCGUUUGGUGCUCUUACACUUGGGGAGGGUUCAUUGCCUAAGGUUUGUCUGUGACGUUACAAUUUAAUUUAUCAGCCAAUCAAAGACGAGUGCACUGACUGUCAGGACAAGAGUACUUGUAUGUGCGUUUGGGCACUGUGUGCUGAAGUGCCAUUUCACGCCCUCUGUGUUUAUGUCCAACCCUCUGACCCCUGCGGCCCCUGAUUGGCCCCAGUAUUCUCAUGCCAAAUCUCUGAGGCUCUAGAGCAGAGGUGUGGGACUGGCCCCUCCAGCUCCUCCUCCAGUCUGAGCCAUGUUCUUAAUCAUCUCCAGUCUGUCUCUAGUCUGUCUGUUACAGUUCUGUGUGUAGCAGACACAUUUAGGCAUUUUACACACUUAAGUUUCCUAAUUUAAUUUCUAUCAUGUCUUGGGGUCCUAUGGGCUGUGUACUGUCAGUGGUUCAGAUGUGUGUGUGUGUGUGUGUGUGUGAGGCUGAGUUUUAACUGAGUAAUUCCCCAGUUGCAGCACACAAGUUUUUGUUUUAUGCAAAUGACUUUUUGGAGUCUUUAUACUCUUAGAAUAGUACUGUUGGUAAUAAGGUAUAUUUUAAAUAAGCUUUCAGUAAAGGCUGCUGAAAAUAUAGAUUUGUACAAAAAACUGGCCCACAAGUAGCCCAAGGCUACACUCCUAUUUGUCUACACAUUUGAAAUGCAAAUCUUCUCUUGCCUUGAAAGACUUUGACAGUCUUGAGUAAUAAAAUCAGACAUUUCCUAAUAAGGCGUUAAAGGUCUGGCUACAUGUACAUGAGCAUUUCACACAAACGGGUUUGUGCCUGUGUCUGAAACUCUCCAUGUCUAAUAUCUGUACAAUAGAACACAUCAUCUGAGCGCCACAGGCUGUUUGUGCCCGGGCCUCGGUGGUCCCGCGCGGGGCCCCGGGCCUCGGUGGUCCCGCGCGGAGCCCCGGGCCUCGGUGGUCCCGCGCGGGCCCCGGCCUCGGUGGUCCCGCGCGGAGCCCCGGGCCUCGGUGGUCCCGUGUGGAGCUCUGAUCUGGAGCUGGAGACUGUGUGAGGUGUUGCUGUACAUGUAGCGUCAGUGUGAGUCCUAAGAUAAGCUGGUGAAUGUUGAUGUAGUCUUUGAGUGGAGAAGUCUACAUACUCGAUCUAUGCAUCGUUUGUAACCAAGAGAUUGACUGUGUGUCUGUGCGCCUCGUUCAGGGUUUGUUUCCUCCUUUUUAGAGCCUCUUGAGUUUUAGUCCGGUGCUUUUGUAGUUUCCUCGUGGUGUGGAAGGUGAACGUGCUCGUUUGUACAGUAGAUUUUUAUGGCUUCAUCUUUUCUAACAGUCUUUCCUAGCCAAACAAGAUUACGCUCUUUGUUAGUAAUAAAACACAAGCACAAUAAGAUUCUUGGUGCUAAAAGUUCUCAGUAGAACUGCCCCAUCACUGGUCCACACGGCGCCCCCUGUGAUUACGCUUCAUGUUUUCUCUCCUGGGCAUUCUGAACUGGCACUUGGCGCUGCCAUGCUGUGAGUGUGGCUCCCCCUGGUGGAGGUAUGGCAGACCGGACGCACUUUUGGAGCAGAGGUGGUUGUCGUCGUGUUGGGGCUGUAGGAGCAGAGAGGUGCUGGAGCCUGGGGUAAUUGUGUGGAAAUGGCUGUAGGUCCUACCUCUUGUUACCUGUUCUAGUGUUAUGGUAACAUCGCACUACGGGCCAUUUCGGCAUAAUUACCCCCCCAGACAGCGGCGUAGUGACCCCCCCAGACCGGGCACUGCUCUGAGCGUUUAGAGGAGUCCUGUUUGGAUCUGAAGCCUUGAGCUGUUUGACCAAAUAGUGUUUUUGUCCUUCUCGCGUCCCUUUUUGAUUCUAUGCACCAGUGAAAGCUCUUCAGAUUUCACCCGCGCACUGAAAACGUCUCACAUGAAUCUUCUAGUUCGAAUCUUUAUCCAUCACUUUAGCCCUCACAGAACUGCCAACGCUUUUCACGCGAGAUCUAACGGAGCAGAGCGGGGUGUUUCAUCGAGACUCGGCCGUGUAUACGACUAAAGCAGCUGCUGUUUCACUACUGGACUGCGUGGAAAACAAAAAUGUGGAAAAUUCUUCAAACAUUUGGUCUUAAUUUCUUCCGUAAGUUUCUGAUAAUUUGAUCUUUUUCAUACAUAUUUUCAAAUUCUCUCCUGUUUCACAAAUCCUCAUCUACAGAUCAAGUCACAAAAAGGUGAUUAUCAUGAUUUUAUUUUAGUUUCCAUGAUUUCGCAGUCCCACGUGAGUCUGCGCCGCCCUCUUCAUGUCACACCCCUGCUCUUCCUCCUCUUCUUCGAACGGCCCACACUCGGGGACUCUCCGAUCUUUAAGUGUGGAGCGUGUCGGUAAAUCCCACCGCAGCGUUCGGCACUUUUCCCUGCACCUUUUUUUUUUUAGAGCCGUGGAGCAGUUUGUGCAUUUCCUCUUUACAAAAAACAUUUGACAAUAUUGCACUAAAGGAGAACGGACCCAGGCAGCUGAUGCAAACUUAGGAGGAGGACGGAUUCAAGUGUCUCGGAGGUGUUGAGUCGACCGGAGGGGUCAGAGCGCGGCGCUGUUCCCGCCAGUUCAACGUGGCAUCAGUUAUAUCACAGUUUUAUCUUUAAAGGAGACAGAUUUUUGCUUUUUUCAUCUCAGAGUUGUAUUUUUAUUCAUUCUCGCAGGUUUAGUCUCAUUCACACUCGCAGCCCGACUCAGAGUUUACCGGAUUUUUACCAGAACAGAGUCAUUUUCUUGCAUUUCUGAUCUGGCAAUUUCCCAGGUAAGUUACAGAGAAUAUUCAGGGAACUCUCACGCGUGAAUAAAACCUGAAAAUGACCAGUAGCGCAGGUCGGUUUCCUCGGUUCCUCUGCCGGUGACGUUCUCACUCGCACAGAUUUAAAUGACAAAGCAGCGUUUGUUGAGUGUGCGAGAGCAGAGACACCUGAUCUCAACCGAUACCAGCGCGGAGACUCAAACAUUUCCCUCCUUUUAAACGAAAAUGACACAAAACUGGUCCAAACGAAUUCAGAGAUAAAUAAGAGCUACAGAACAGCUUUAGGGAAAUGCAAAUUCAAACUUUAUGAGACUUUCCGUACCGAUUAUGAGCAGUAAAUAUUUUUUUUACGUCCGGAUAUUGGCUGAAACGAUAUCCGAUCCAGCAAAACCAAUAUCAGAUCGGUGCAAUCCUAUUCCAGGUCCGUGUCCGAUUUUGUUCCUUCUAAACUACAACAUCUGAGUGAAAAAAGCAGAGUUUGUCGUCUUUAAUAGUUUUCUGGCUCUUCUUUGUGUCCACGUGAACUGGCGCGUGCGGCCGAGACUCGGACACUCGGCGCCGAACGACCGUGUGUGUGAUUGUGCGUUUUGACUUUAAGUGAACUCACCAGCCUGAACUUUUGAAACUUUGAGGUGCUCUCCCUCCUCCUCCCCCCGUUACCUCACCCGCUCCGGGGAAGGACGCUCUGACAUAUCAAACCAGGGGCGGGCGAUAUCGCAAACUCAGCCUCUACGAUCUCAACUUUUAUCACUGCGCAAAUACAGAUCCGUAAAAUCGAAAAACGCCGACUGUGUGACGUUUCUUGUGGAGAAUUCGCAGCGUUCUGGCCUCCGCCUCGAAUCGGCUCUAUUCACGCUUACGGAAGAAGUUCGGAAACAUGCGGGCGACGACUUCCAGUUUAUUUCCCGACUCUGGGCACGUGACAAAACAAUAAAACCGUGGAUUGAGCAGCAGCGUUUUCACAACCUGCCAAAGUUUUCCACGGGGAACGGGACUCUAAUCGCGUCUUCAGCGUCACUUUGAGGCAGCUGUUGAUCUGACGAACAUAACUGAACGCUGCAAUGACGUGUUUUUUAAGUUUCACAAAUUAUAAUGCACAAAUGAGUAGGCAGUUUAUAAAAGGAAAAAAUACAGUGACAUCUAGAUGAAGACUUUCGCCAACUGAGCCCGAAGGAAGUCGUCACCCGCGUGUUUCCAGACGCCUUCCGGUUUCGUGAUUAGAGCCGAUAUUCCACAGCGUCGGGUUAAGCGUGACGUCGCUUCCGAGUCCGAGGCGCAGCAGCUGAUUGAAAAACGAAGGACGUUUUUGUUUACAGUUUACAAAACAUCUUACGUUAAAAAGGGACUGCUCCACCUCACAGUUAAGUCUACUGUCGGGUCGAGGUAAGAAGCUGUGACUUUAUCAGGGAGAACAGACGUCCCUGUGUCUCCUGUCCCAACAGAUUUAUCCAAAACCACUGAUAAGUUUAAAUUUUAUACAAGAAAUGUCCAUAUUUUUGGCCAGUUUGAUCCCUUCCAGCAGUAAAGAGAAGCAUUUGUUUCAGUAAAAUUUACUUAAAAACGACCAAAACACAAAGAAAAUGUGACUCUACUGACUCACGUUUGUCAUAAAUGGUCUCUGCUGAACAUUUUCCUCAAUCAUGUACUCGUUUCACAAUUUUAUUAUUACUAAACACCAAAAAAACGUGAAUGUCAGUGUUUUUUUUAUUUUGAAAUUCUCAUCGAUACAGUUUGUGGUUAAACAUGCGCAAGGAAAUCGAAACCCAAAGCUGGAAAAAAAUGAGCCGUGAAUUUGCCGCUUGGACUCGGAAGCGACGUCGUUUACCUUAAGACACGCAGGUCUGAUCUGUGGAGAGGCGUGCCCCCUCACCGCGAAGAAUAAAAUGUUCUUUGAGGUGUUUUUGAGCCGUAAAAACGCCUUUUAGUCAAGCAGGUGGCCGAUCUUCCACCAGAAACUUUACACAGCGCACCUUAGACCCGUAGACCAAUAAAAGGACAACGGUGUUUUCACGUUUAAAUCUCCGUCUCCGAAUGAACAAAUCCUCGUAAACUCUUGUCGUAUCCCCCGCCCCUCCCCUUUUUAUCAAAUCGUAUUCUGAUCGACGCAAACGAGACAAACUAAUGUAACUCUUUCCCGGCUUUCCGUGUCUUUCGCGCCGUCUUUUGCUCCAACGUCUGUAGAUAAAGCUUUGAGUAGACGCCGUGUUUUCCGAAGUCUUUCUUACUGAAUGUAAUCUGAGCCUCUGCGGUCUCUGUGUGCACGUCUGCCCCCCCCCCCCCGUCCUUCGUCCUUCGUCCGUACACGACCGUUUGCGAAUCUCUAAGCGGCCGUUUUUCCGUUUUCAUCACUCUCGCUUUUUUGGAAAUCUUACUUUUGAAUCGUUUUUACUCCACUUCAGUUUACUUGUCUUAUUUUAUCGGCCAAAGCUGCAACCCGAAAAUCUGAAAGCAGGUUUAAAAUAAUUCUUUUUUUUAUUAUUAUUAUUAUUAUUAUUAUUACUUCGUCGUCAUGAAAAUCUUCUGGGCUUGUGUCUAUCGUCGUAUUUUUAGCCCGAUUUUUUUUUUUUUACGUUUACGUAUUCACCAAGUUCUAUCUUCGGCAAAGCCUCAUAACUUUACGAACAUUUGACGCAUUAAAGUCCAUUUUUUGAUGCUACCUCAGCGCAGUGUCAGGUGCUACCCAAGCUCAGCCCGGUUUUUAACUUCGUACUACAAAAAAAAAUCUACCAAAACUUUACAAUAUAGGCACCUUUUCCGAUCUGUCGACAAAUACACGAGGCUUUGCUAGUGGAUCUGCUCGCUGUGGUUACAUUUUAGGGACCAAAUAUCGACAUUUUUCUAUUUUUUUCGUUUUAAAAUUUCUGUUCCGAGCACAAUCACGUCGAGGUCAACGCUGUCUGUGCCAUCGUUUUAUCGUCAUUCAGCAAUAACGUGCGUGUUGCGAUGUAAAGUUUAGGCGUUUUUAGUCUCGCAAAAAAAAUAAAAAAUUCCGAAUCAGUUUUUUUUUUUUUUUUUUUAUGUUCUCGUGUUUUAAAUUCACGACGCUUUUUUUUUUGUCCGACCAUCACCGCUAUGUUUUAAAAAAUGGAUGAAAUGAGUUACAAAAGGUUUCUAUGGUUACGCUGGUUCUCAAACGGCGACGCGUGGGGAGUUUCGUUUAAGAUUCGAAGACGUUUUAGAUUCGGAAAUGGCAGAAAUUUCGAUCCCGACACGGCCGAGAACCGCUUUCACACGUCCGGGAACGUUUUCAGUUUUAAUUUCAGUUUGAUUUCCGGCACAAAAAUAGCCUUAAGUCGUCAAACACGCAAAUAUAUUUCUAAUUUUUUAACAUUUUAAGAGCCAUCAUGUUUGAUUUUAUACCGAUUUCCCCCUAAAUCAUGAAUGCAAUAACCUCUGAACCUUGAAUCCGUUUCGGCAGCGCUUCUUUUUUUUUUUUUUUUUUGUAUGUCGUUUUUGUUUUUCGCUCGUGAUAAUUGACAAAAGGGAAUGGUCGCGCGUUUUAUCCCGAGCAUUGUACAGCAGGAGGUCCAGAUGUGGCAGAUGUCUGUAGUGGUCCGCGUGCCUUGUCAGUCCCCUCGGCUCCUCCCGUCCCGUUUCCCCGUUUCCCCCGUCCCCCUUCGGCUUCGGUUCCCCUUUAACUCUGGUCCCCGCCCGGUCGGAUCUGCCACGCCGUCGAGAAAAUAAAGCCAGUUUCGUAAAGACCAUGCAACCCCGCGUGUAGAUGCUGCAAAGAACCAUCAGUAUUUUUGUUUUGCACUUUCGAAAGCAGACUCAAAUCAUGUCUACCCAUUUUGAAUUUGGGUAAAAAGAAAAAAAAAAAAUAAUGAACUGACGAGGUAUUUUUCUUCUAUCAAUAGGACUUGUACGGAAUAUUAUGAGUUUUGAAGAGCUUUUCUAAAAGUUGGAUUAUAUCUAUAUAUUCAUAAGUACCUCAUAAGCCUGAUAUAUGCUGCAAUCACUUGUUUCUUUUGUAUCUUCAUUUUGUCCAAGUCUGAUUUUGGAAUGGAGGGUUCGGGGCAUCCGCGGCCGCUCUCGCAAUUUUUAUUUAUUAUUAUUAUUCGUGGCCAAAAAAACGCGCAAAAAAAUAUUUAUGCAAUUUUUACGGAGCGAAUGAAUUUUUUGCAAAUUAAAGAAAAUGAAAUAUCAAUUUUUCUUUUUUUUUUUUUUUUUUUUUUAAUCAUGUGAAUAUGCAAAAUCUGAAUAUUUAUUUUCAAAAAUUUGUAAAAAAAAAAAUUCUUGCUUCAGUCAGUUUUUACUUGUCUUACUUCAAUGGCCAAAGCCGCAACCAGAAAAUCUGAAAGCGGAAUUUAAAAAAACAUAAAAAUUCUCUGGGCUUUUUUUCUCUCAUAUUUUUAGCCCGAUUUUUACAUUUACAUAAUCAAAAUUCUUUCUUUCAAAAAGCCAAAUAACGGGACUUUAUUUUCGAAAAUGUUAAACGAGGAAAAUUGGGAAUAAUAUUUGCAAAAAAAAGUGAUUUUUCUACAACUUUUGAUCUCACUCGGUAGUUUUUUGUAUUUUUUAUUUUUUUUUCUCAGAAUUUCAGGCCCGAUCGCAGUGUUUAAUUUUUAAUUAUUAUUUUUUUAAACGUGCGAAUCGAAACCGGGCCGUUCCAGACUGGACUGACUCAGACGUGACUCUAAAGGGCUGCUCCCUCCAAAGCCACUGCCCGCUGCACCUUUGUCUUAACGAAAGAUUUGGCCUUAAAAAAAAAAACACUACAAACCACCACACUUUUUUUUUUUUUUUUUUUUUGCUUAGAUUGUCUCUCUGAAGUUCAAUAUUUCCUUUUCGUCACGUGAUCUACCUCCAGAAUGUAGGAGCAGACCUGGACCCUGCUCCACCGACAAUCACCAGAUUUACCACGAUUAAAAAGGUCAAUUAUUGUACAUUUAUCAAAUUUACUCCAAGAAAUGUAUUAAGUUGCGUUGCGAGGUAAGAAAAAGACCAUUUAUAACCUCAAAACCUUUUUCAGCAACGCUUCAGAAUGUUACUAAUCAAAUGUUUAUUUUAUUUUAUUUUGAUUUAUUUAUCUAGAAUGUGUUUUUCUUUUAAAAUCUCUUCACAAAGUUCAGAAUUUAUUUUAUUUUUUUUUUAAUUCAUGGAUUCCAAGUUCCUGUUUAACAUUUUAAAACCUUUCACCGUUCGAAAAAGAUAUUAGACUAGUCAGUUUUAAAUGAAUCGCCAUGGCAACGGUCCUAAUUUUUCCAAUUUUUAAUCAUUCUGAAACCUUUUUACAAUCUUUGCUGCAAUGUUUGACCUUUUUACACUCCAUUAAUUCAUUCAAAAAUAUUCCAGGACUCUUGGUUUUUACCGGCCCUUUAAACGCAUUUUCGUAUUAAUUUUUAUUCCGAAGCCAUUAUGUAAAAAACCAGUGACCAAAGUCGACCAAAAGCUCGUCGCGGCGCCUCGAACCCUCCACGUAGUGAUCUCUCUUUUUUCUUUUUUCUCUCUUCUCUCGCUUUCUUUUUCCUCUCCUCCGUUUUGAAAACCAUGACAUGCCAAAAGUGAUGUUCAUUCCUUUUCCGAGGCUUUGUUUCGCUCCCGAUCCGACGCUCCGCUCCUCUUCCUGUUUGUAAGCGUACAUUUCCUUUUUAUUAUUAUUUGAAAAUGUUUAGUCUCCAUGUUAUUGCGAUUAAAAUGCUUACAGAACACGAGAUGCUGUAAAACCCCGUUAGGACAUAAUGUGAAUACGUAUCACUUCAUAGUUCACUCUUUGGCUUGACUGUAAGUUGCGUUAAUUAAUAAAAAUGUUGGAAAAUGA